GCGCGCUGGAUUUCGUCCGUUUUCGCAUUCAAAACAUAACUGGAUUCGCCCGAGGUCUCGUGUUCCCCGUCGCUGGCGGCGGCCUCGCUUCUGCUUGAAAUUUAUCAUAUUUUUUUUUAAAAAGUAUGGUUGUUGUCAACAGGAUGAAGCAGCUUGUAUAUCUUCUGGUUGGACUGAACAUUCUUUCUCAUCAGAAGGCAGAUUCUUCAAUGAAUGAGGAAGAAUCAAUGUGUAUUAUUGAAAGCGGUGGUGACAACAGCAUUUGCAGGGGAGAGCUCCAAGUGUUAUAUCCAGAAUUGGGAAAUGCGGCCUGUAUCGUCAUCCCAAAAUGCCAUCAGUUCCAAAGACGCCUGAGUGAAGAAUGGGGCAAACCACAUAUUAAGUUUCCUGAAGCCAAAGAGGACAUGAUAUAUGUGCUGAUAAUGGUGGAUCCUGAUGCUCCAAGCAGAAGCAAUCCUAAAUUCCGUUACUGGAGACAUUGGUUGGUGACUAACAUACAUGGUAGAGAUCUCCUGGAUGGAAAUAUUAAAGGCACGGUUCUCUCAGAGUAUAGGCCACCCACCCCUCCAUCUGGCACAGGGUACCACCGUUACCAGUUCUUCCUUUAUGAGCAGCCAGAUGAUGCAGUCAUUGCACUGAACGAACAUGAAACAAAAUCCUUUGGUUACUGGAACUUGAAUUCAUUCAUUACCAGAUCCAAUCUUGGAAAACCAGUGGCAUCAACCCAAUUCAUGACCCAGAACUAUAAAGACUAAAAGGAGGGCGUUUCUCCAAAAGUUUGCAAAGAGGAAGUUCAUCUUUGAAUAACACCUGCUGCCAGAACUACUUCUUCACUGCUGUUGCUUAACAAAUAACAAGGCCUGAUAAGAUGGUAUUUUUUGCUGUUUGACCACACAGAUUUUACCAAAAACAAUGUAUAUACCACACCCUUGUCAUGAUUGCAAUUAGAACUUGAUGCAUUGAAGAUAUUUUACCAUCAAUAACAAGAACAGAAAUUUCCAUGAUAUUUAGAUAUACAGUCUGUAACUCGGAGAUUAAAUCUCUACAUGUUCAUACUGAAACACAAUGAUAGAUCGCACUUUCUUCCAGACAUUAUCAAAUCAUGAGAUAGAUCUCUUGUGAUGAUGAAGGUCUCCUGACUCAAUGUUACCAAGAAUACUGGUUGAGCUGAGUUCAGUGACGACAUACAGAUUUCAGUAUAGUUACUAAUUAGAAAACAUUGGGCAAUAUUAAUGUGAAAAAAUAUUUGCUGAUAAGGAAAUGUUACAAAAAUGUUUUAGGGAGAUAAGUUGAGGUGAGAUGUUUAAUUAAAUUUAAUUCCAUCAGAUCUUCAUUAGAUAAAUCACUAGCUUGAUGGGUAGAGAAAUGUUUUUGUGUUUGCUUUGAUUUUGCAAUGAAUUUAUGCUAAGUAUUAAGAAUAUAACAUUUCCUGUUUCUGUUGUGUUUUGGCCAUACACUUGAACAGUGUUGUCACAUGCGGUAAAAUUUAGGUCAAACUUGUAUUUAAAAAAGGGAUAAUUAUCACACAACAGGUGAGGAUGAACAUAUGUCUCUUUAGCCAUAACUCUGAUCGUAUUGUAAGACAAUUACAGUGAAGAAGUGUGUUCACUCUAUCUUAGUUCAUUGUAUGAGGAAAUUCUCCCAUGGCAACAUCUGAUUGCUGUUUGUAUGAUUGCCCUUAUUAUCAUACCUAGAAUUUGAUGUUAUAUGUUGUUCACCCUCAGUGUGAUAAAGAACAGAAUUUCCUGACUUCAGGCCAAACAUUACCUUCCACUUAUUUGAAUCUCUGCAUCCUCGUUCCCUCCCACGAUUUAGUUAUAUUAAUUUUCUGGUUUUAUCUUUCCCUUGUCAAUUACAUACCUUAGUAAGACCACAUCUCAACUGCCUCCAUUCUAGAAUGGAAAGCCAAGAAUUCUCUGUUUUGAAUGCUAUUUCCACAUUCAUCGUAGCAAAUGAGGUUAGUUGAGAAUGUGAACACUCAUCCUUAGCCUCAGUACCUGCAUGAUAUCUGGAACUGAAUACCAGUCUAUCUCACUUCCUGUUUGCUCUUUCAGUAAUGAAAAGUUGCGAGUUUGCUUUUUAAACAAAGUUUGAGGCUGCAGAGAAAGUUGCUUAGCUACCUGAUUGGCUCAUCAGGCCACUAAACUAAUUGCCUAUUAAGUGAUAAAUGAACAUAAUUUUAUAAGUUUCAAGAUUUGGUUAACAAAACUCAGGCAUUUUGUAAGUUCCUUUGGCUUUUGAUAAAACUUUUAAAGUUGACAAGAGAAAAUACUAUCAUAGAUUUAGCUGGGGGAUCUUUAUGCAAACUACUGAACCGCUCUUAGUUUAUUCUGCUGAUGGAGUUUCAAUUGGGUUCACUUUUCCUUUCUGUGACCCCCUCUAUAGUUCCUAGUCAAAACAAUGAAUAAAAUUCCGCUUAAUGGAGUAAAAAUGCCACCAGCCUGUUAAUUACAAAGACGUAACUAAAUCAGACAAAAUAUAUUUCAUCUUCCUCCCACCUCACAACCCGGAUAUCCACUCUGGUGUAGCUUAUCAAAAGGAUGAAAUGGACACAUUGAAUAAGAUACAAGUUUUCUGCGGUGGAAACUGCCCCCAUGGACCAAUGCCAAGUCCGUGGGUGAGGUAAGGUGGAGAGAGGGCCACUCCCCAGAGAACAAGACAGGGCCUGAGUCAGGUUAACACAGUGCCAGGAGAGAGAUUUUCACUGAGGAUCGGGACUUGGUGGGAAAGGGGGAGGGGUAGUAUCAGUACUGGAAAUCAUGAAACUACUGAAUUGUUGAAAAAUCAUAGCGGUUCAUAUUAUCCUCUAUAAAAGGAAGUCAUUUGUUGUAACCCAGCCUGCCCUAUGUGUGACUCCACCUCCCCACCUAUUGCCUCUUAAUUGCCCUUGAAAAUGACCCAGCAAGCCAACAGUUCAAAGGCAGUUCAAAGGGAUGAGCAAUCACCUUGACAGUGACUGAAUGAAUAAAAUAAAAAUCCUCCUCUACUCCCACUGUCUUUAAUUUAAACACGUUCUUUUGAAGGGUCAGUAAUGGCAGGGUAGCCACUGUA